AUGAACAAUGUGAAGUACCAAGGGAAGGGAACGGGGAGUUUUGGUAAGAGGAGGAACAAGACUCACACUUUAUGUGUGAGGUGUGGCCGUCGCAGUUUUCAUCUUCAGAAGAGUCGUUACUCUGGUUGUGGAUUUCCUGCUGCUCGCAAGAGGAAGUAUAACUGGAGUAUGAAGGCAAUCAGGAGAAAGACAACAGGAACUGGUAGGAUGAGGUACCUUCGUAAUGUCCCCAGGAGAUUUAAGACUGGUUUCAGAGAAGGUACGCAAGCAGCCCCAAGGAAGCAAGUUGCUGCUGCCUCAUAAUUUUGGUGUGUUUGAGAUUUUAUUGGGUUGACAUUUGUCUAUGGUGGUGUUUUUAGAUUAUAGUUCAAGCGUGGGAUGGCCGUGUUUGCAUUUUUGUCGGAGAUUUGCAGAAUUUGUAUUGGUAAUGAGAUGUUAUUAAUUCUGGGAAGUUUUCAGUUGCAUUUAGCUAAAUGACAUCAUAUUCCAUUCCAAAGUUUCAAUCUCAGUUUAGUGAUAGUUUUUAGGAUUGGAUCUAUCUUUUGCUUUAGAGAUUUGUGAUUGUAAGAUCCAUUUGUCUUCUACUCGUAUAUAUAUAAGUUCA